GUCUGCACACAGGCUCACUCACUCAAACUAUACAAGGGAGGAAGUUCCCCUGGAGAAUCACCUACUGUAUUAGAAGUACAGCACCACUUCCUGCUAGCAACCAUUCUAAACUGUUGUUGGUUUCCAAGACCGAGAAAUCACAGAAGGAAGUCUGACGGUGGAUAUUGUGUUUCUACAGCAGGGUGUUUGUUCUGUCUGCUGCACUCUCAAAAUGAGUGAACAGAUAAAAUCCAUUGUGGAGCAGCUCAAUAAGGAGCCCUUCAAGAAAAACUUCAACCUGAUCACAUUCGACUCUCUGGAGCCCAUGCAGCUGUUGCAGGUUCUCAAUGAUGUUCUGGCUGAGAUUGACCCCAAGCAAAGUAUUGAUAUUCGAGAGGAAAUGCCAGAUCAGACUGCCAAGCGCAUGUUCGGUCUGCUUGGAAUGAUGAAGUACAAGCCACCUGGAAACAAUACAGAUACAAGUAGCUUUCGUCAAGGCCUGGUGACCGGCAGUAAGCCUGUCAUUCACCCUAUACUCUACUGGCUACUACAGCGGACCAAUGAGCUGAAGAAGAGAGCUUAUCUGGCCCGCUUUCUGAUGAAGCUGGAAGUCCCUGGAGAGUUUCUGCAGGACGAUGUUGUUGCCGACACAUACCACCAGUAUGGAGAGCUGGUCGAAGGAUUCAAAACCUUACACAAGGAAUGUGAGCAUCUGAGGAGUUCUGGUUUCUCUACUGCAGAAAUCCGAAGGGAUAUUUCUGCAAUGGAGGAAGAGAAGGAUCAGCUUGUCAAGCGAGUGGAGCGGCUAAAGAAAAGAGUGGAGACAGUGUCCAAUAACCAGAGAAUGCUUGAACUGGCUCGGCAGCUACGUGUGGAAAAGGAGAGAGAGCUGUCUCUCGCACAGCAGAAGCAAGAGCAGAAAAACCAGCUGUUUCUUGCAGAGCAAAGGCUGCAGAGAUCGCAACUGCAACUGAAGGACCUUCGACAGGCAGCAGCAGAUGCAAAGCCCGAGAGUUUAAUGAAGAGACUGGAAGAGGAGAUUAAGUUUAACACUUACAUGGGGACUGACAAACUCCCCAAAGAGCUGGAGAGCAAGACGAAUGCCGUGCAGUACCUGCAAAAGGUGGUGCUGGAGCCAGCCAUGGGGCAUGCAGAACUAGGCGAGCUCGAGGACAAGAUCCGUGAAAUUAACAUUACGAUUAACCAACUGAUAGAAAAACGAAUGAUGAGGAAUGACCCGAUGGAUGAUAAACUUUCUCUUUUUAGACAACAGGCAUCCAUCAUUGCGCGCAAGAAGGAAGCCAAGGCAGAGGAGCUGCAGGAGGCACGAGAGGAGAUGGCCAGCAUGGACAAGGUGCUGACAGAGAAAUCCAGCAGGGUGCGCGACCUCGACGGCAAUGAAGUUGUGCAAGGGGACGAGGUCAAAAGAUUAAUCAACAAGCUGCGGGGAAAGAAUGUGGUAUUCAAGAAGAAACGUCAGGUGCUAGCUGAUCUAAAGAGGGAGUAUGGUAUCCUACAAAGGACAGAAGAGAUUCUGAAACAGCGGCAUGAAACUAUGCAGCAGCAACUGCAAUCCCUGGAGGUGAAGCAGGGUAUUUCUGGCUACAGUGACACCCAGGAGGAGCUGGAGCGAGUGUCUGCAAUUAAGAGUGAGCUGGAUGAAAUGAAGGGACGCACCCUGGAUGACAUGUCCGAAAUGGUAAAGAAACUAAAUUCUGUGAUUGCUGAAAAGAAAUCUGCUCUUGCUCCAGUUAUCAAAGAACUGAGGCCAUUGAGACAGAACUGCCAGGAAUUAACCCAGGAGUAUGAAGAAAAAAAAGCACAGUAUGACAGCUGUGCAGCAGGUCUGGAGAGCAACCGAUCCAAACUUGAGCAGGAGGUGCGAGGACUUCGAGAAGAAAAUGCUCAAGAGGAGAGCAGAUACCAUUUAAUCAACUGUAUGAAACAGGUCAUUGAAAUGCAAAUGCAGAGAGCUUCUGAUGAAAUGAAGGCGUAUGUGUCUUCUGAUCCACAGGAAAGAAGAAAGGCUGUCAGGGAGCAGUAUACCAGGAACAUUCUCGAGCAAGAAAAUCUGGGCAAGAAACUGCGUGAGAAGCAGAAGGCUGUGCGGGAGAGCCACGGACCCAACAUGAAGCAGAUGACAAUGUGGCGUGACCUUCAGCAGCUGAUGGAGUGCAAGAAGCAGUGCUACCUGAAAGCACAGAACCAGGUGUCCAUUGGGCAGGUCAUUCAGGAGGGCGGAGAGGACAGGCUGGUCCUCUAGACCAGCAAUGAACUGAACAAGCACUGGCAUUCAACUAACCAAAUACACCAAAAGUGAAGCACAGCCUGGUUGGGUUUGCUUUUGUCAACUCACCCCCACCAAUUAACUUUUAGACACAAGUACCACAUUAGUUGCUGAUUUUGCCCAAAGUCAAAUGUGUGGCCUUAGAGGUGAUGACAAUAGCGGGUCCAGUAGUCUGAUAUGUGAUAUACAUUUUAUAUUAAUAUUAUGAAUUGUAUGUAUAAUGCUGUCAAUCCUAAGAUUGAUAUGCUUAUAACUCAGUCGUGUUAUAAGUUGUGUGAUUUUAUGUUUGUGGUAAAGUAUUUAUAUAUGUUUCUUGUUGUUUUCAGUUAGAUUUAUAUUCUGUGCUAUACAGUAUACCUGUAUUUUCUUUCUCUAUGCACCUAAAUAGCUUCCUCUCUCCAUUGCCUGUUUAACCGGCUUAAUUGCAUACCAUAAUAUUUAAAAUACUUAUUUUUUAAUAGCCUUAAAUGUUUCCCCCCAACAGGACCAUAAUAUGGCAAUAUAUUACUG